GAUAAACUGACAUGUAGGCUUUGGACAUAUGAAAAUGCUACUUGGACUUUAGCAAUUUUUUAUUUAUGCUUGUUUUGUUCAGAAGUCAUUUUUUAUAUUAAGGGAAUGCCAUAUCUGGUUCAGCAUGCAGCACUGUGCAAAUCAAGGAAGGCAAUAGUCUUUCAGCGCAGCCGUUGAGGCCUUAAAUCUGAGAUCGAGCCACAGAAUACCUGCAGUUUGCAUUCAACACCUAGAAUCCAGGAGAUCUCAGCAACACUGAGAGCAACUCACAGCUGCUUGGGAGGAUUAUGCCAUUAUAGCCGACGAGUAGAGCUUCCUCAGAGUACGACGGCUACAAGGCAAAGUCUGUCUUGCUCUGUUUACGCCCAGCAGGAACCAUGGAUGACCCCUAUCACAACAACGUGAACCAGCAGGUGACAGAGGGUGGAGAAUACACCUACACCCAGGAUGGAGGGCAGGAUGGCUACCCUUACCAGACGGACUACCCUCCACAGGAGGAGGAUGCAGCUAGCGAUGCCACCGAGGGCGCAGAUGAUGAUGAGCAGAUGUAUGAGGGGGAGUACCAGGGCAUCCCCCACCCCGACGAGAUCAAGGAGGCGCGACGGGCAGCUCGGCUGGAGGCCAGGAGAAAAGCCCGUCUAGCUGGCCAGCAGGAAGAAGAGGAGGAAUCCCUGCCAGACCAGUACGAGACCAUCAUGGAGGACUGCGGCCAUGGACGCUUCCAGUGGAUGCUCUUCUUCGUGCUGGGCCUGGCACUAAUGGCUGACGGCGUGGACGGCUUCGUGGUGGGCUUCGUCCUGCCCAGUGCAGAGAAGGACAUGUGCAUAUCCAACUCCAACAAAGGACUGCUGGGUCUGCUGGUGUAUGUAGCCAUGAUGGUGGGGGCAUUGGUGUGGGGGGGUCUGUGUGAUAAGAUGGGGAGGAGGAAGUGUCUGAUCUACGUCCUCGCCAUCGACCUGGUCUUCUCCUUCCUGUCCUGCUUCGCUCAGGGCUACGGCUUCUUCCUCUUCUUCAGGUUCUGCUCCGGCUUUGGAAUUGGUGGCUCCAUCCCGAUAGUCUACACUUACUUCACCGAGUUCCUGCAGAUGGAUAAACGUGGAGAACAUCUGAGCUGGCUCUGCAUGUUCUGGAUGCUGGGAGGCCUGUACGCCUCCUUCACUGCCUGGGGGAUCAUCCCUCACUAUGGCUGGGGCUUCGCCAUCGGUACCGAGUUCCAGAUCCACAGCUGGAGGUUAUUCAUUUUCGUGUGUCUCUUCCCUGCACUGGCUGCACUCGUCGGACUCGUCUUUAUGCCGGAGAGCCCUCGUUUUCUCCUGGAGAACGCCCGACAUGAUGAGGCGUGGAUGAUCCUGCGUCAAGUUCAUGACACCAACUGGAAGGCCAAGGGGGAGCCAGAGAGAGUCUUCACUGUGACGAACAUUAAGGCUCCACAAACCCAGGAGGAUGAGUUCAUAGAGAUCCAGAGUGACACCGGGACUGCCUUCCAGCGCUGGACCGUCAGACAUGUGACCAUGCUGCAACAGGUGAUGGCUAACAUGAUGUCGCUGUCAGCUCCAGAGCUCAGACUGCAAGGCCUCUUCCUGGUUAUUGUCUGGUUCUGCUUGGCUUUCAGCUACCACGGGCUGGGAGUGUGGUUCCCCGAUAUGAUCAAAUACAUGCAGUACGAGGAGUACGAGUCCAAGGUCAGAGUGUUCCACCGAGAGCGGGUCGAGCGUUUCCACUUCAACUUCUCUCUGGUCAACCAGAUCCACCGCGAAGGAGAGUACAUCCAUGACAAGUUUGCAAACAUUGAGAUUAAAUCUGUGAAGUUUGAGGAUUCCCUGUUUGAAAACUGCUACUUUGAGGAUGUCAAGUCAACCAACACCUUCUUUGAGAACUGCACCAUCAAAAAUACUGUCUUCUAUAACACAGACCUCUGGCAGGAAAAGUUCAAAGACUGUCGAAUGGAGAACACCACCUUCCUCCACCCGAAGAAAGGCUGCCAUCUGAACUUCCAGGAGGAGAACGACAUUGUCAUCUACAUGGUCAGCUUCCUGGGCAGUUUGGCUGUGUUGCCUGGCAACAUUAUCUCAGCUUUGUUCAUGGACAAGAUAGGAAGAAUCCGAAUAAUAGGUGGUUCUAUGUUGGCGUCGUCUGCCUGCACCUUCCUGUUGCUGCUAAGUUUCAGUCAAGGAGCUGUUAUAUGUUGGCAGUGUCUCUUCUAUGGCGCCAGCGUGGCGGCCUGGAAUGGACUCGAGGUCAUUUCUGUGGAACUCUACCCCUCCUCCAAAAGAGGGACAGCGUUCGGUAUCCUGAAUGGGAUCUGUAAGUUUGCGGCCAUCAUUGCCAGCUUCAUCUUUGCAGCCUUCAUCGGCAUCACUAAGAUCAUCCCCAUCUUCCUGGCCUUCUCCGCCCUCGUCUGCGGAGGCCUGGUAGCUCUAAAGCUGCCUGAAACCCGGGAGAAAAUCCUCUCUUGAAAAGCCAAACUCCUGCAUCCUCCGGCCCUAACAACAGUACCGCUGUGGGGAAAGCUUUUUGGGAAAGUGUCAGCUUAAACUGAAACGGAGAGACGAGGAAGGAAGGCCACGCUGUGCUAGCUGUGUUUAUGAGUCUGCCAUGAUUAAAAAUCUUGAAAACCUGUCUGGUUGCCUAUGUGAACCUGUGGUUGCUUUCUAUUCCCUCUGUAAGCUCCUCAGGCUGCCCAGCAUGUCUGUCACAUCGUAUAAAACUAGUGUUUGUCAUUUCCUUCUUAUCAUUUACUGCCCAUCCUCUGUUGACACACACACACAGACACACACACACCCACACACACACACAGUGUAGCAGCAUUUGUUUUGUUUGAGGUUUGUGUAAUGGAAAGAUUAAUAUGAGAUGAAAAUGUGUCUGUACUUGAAAGGUGAUGUAGUUCAUGUUACCAUGUUGUGCUUUGAGUUCAUUCCCUGCUGGAGAAAAGGAAAGACAGAAGACUUAUGGUCAUAACUUGAAUUGGAUUUGAAUCCUGUUGCAUUCGCUGCCAAGGCUCAGCAGCAAUAUUACUGCUGGAGUUGUUAUUCGGAGAAAACACCUCUCUCAUUCACCCAGUUUCUAUUUAUUCUGCACUGUCCUGUGCUGCAUUUAUUCUUCUUUAGUUCACAUAGUUGCUUGCUUUGUUCUCUCUAAACAUAAACCCGGAUUGACCAUUUUAUUAAAUGUAGCAGCUUUUUUUUUAAUCCAUUCCACUGCUGUUCAUCUCCCAGCUGAUCCAAAUCCAACCUGAAAAGGUAACCAGAUUGUCCUCCUGUUUGUCGUCUUGUCCUCGACUGAGACGCUGUGUCUCUUUUGAAUUGUAGAGCUGUGUUCUGUUGGUGGUGAUAACUUAGAGUCAGAGUCUUACCUGUCACACCUUGCCAUGACAACGUGUAAGGAAUUGUUCUGUCUGUCUGUCAAUUUAUUUUUUGUCUUUUUUCUAAAAAAGAGAAUGAUGUGAAAGUGUGAGAUUAGAUGUUUUGAUAUGAUGCUCUCAUUCUAACGUUCUGAUGAAGAACAGUUUUACAGAACCUGCUGCGUUUCUGACAACAUGUGUCAAGAUUUCUAAGGAGCAUGUUACUUUUUUGGCAUGACUGCGCUCUGUAUGUGUGUGUGUGUGUGCGUGUGUUUGGGGGUGUGUGUGAGUGCAUGGUUGUUAUCCACAUGUCUGUGAAUUUACUGAAACAAAACAGUCUGACUACCAUUACUAUAUUUGUUGUUGUACAUACUGUAGACCUGUGUACAUUAGUUGUAAAAUAGUAGCUCCAUCAUGACUUGAAUAAAGCUGAGGGCUUAUGAUCCAGUUUCCUGGUUAAUGGUGGAUGCAGAAAGUGCAGCGAACA